AUGAUGAGCACCAGCAAUCGAAUGAAUAUGUUGUCAAGUUGGCCAUCAUCAUUACAGUUUGUUAAAGAUUUCGAUCGUACAAAUUGUUCAAUUAAAUCAGAAGAAUCCACAUCGACCGAUGAACUAGAUGAUGAUCAAAACAAUGAUGGUGAAGGUGUUUGGAGUCCUGACAUUGAGCAAAGUUUUCAUGAAGCAUUAACUAUUUAUCCUCCAUGUGGUCGACGCAAAAUUAUUUUAUCAGAUGAAGGUAAAAUGUUCGGUAGAAAUGAACUUAUUUCACGUUAUAUUAAAAUGCGUACGGGUAAAUUACGUACACGUAAACAAGUAUCAUCACAUAUUCAAGUUCUUGCAAAAAGAAAAUCAAAAGAACUUCAAACAUUUUUUAAAGAUCCGAAUUUUAAAGAACCACAUCGUCCAUUAGUUUAUAAUCAACAUUAUCAUCAAUUACACAAUCCAACUACAUCAUCAACAAUUAUUGGUGAUAACACGUCAACCUACUAUGCACAUCAACAUACACCUGUGCCAUUUUUUUCAUCAACACCAACAUUAUCGUUCAAACCAACAACACCCAUUCUUUGGCAACAGCCAUCUAUGGAUAUGAAAACAUUUUCAUCAACCACAACAGAUUUUGUUUCAGCAGCAAAUGUCAUGACACCUUCUAUAACUUCUAAUCGACUGAAGCUUCUUGAAUUUGCUGGAUAUAUUCAAUCAAAAUCCGAUGCUAAUCUAAGACAUUAUCUAAUGCGUGUCAGUGAAGAAGCUGGUACUGAUAUGAAAUCUGAAAGUAUCAAAGUGCACCAAAUUAUUGAUCUAUUUCCUAUGUUAAAAGAACUUUAUACGAAAGGACCUAGAGAUGCAUUUUAUAUUGUUAAAGUUUGGGUCAAUGUAGAUUAUGAAGAAAAUUCAACAGAUACAUAUCAUCAUUGUACUAUUUUUGAAAGUUUCGACGAUAAUAUGAAUGUAUGCAUAACAACAAAAGCGUGUUCAUUCGGUAAAACAAUUGUAGAAAAAAUUGAAAAUGGCACAACAGCAUAUAAUGAUUUAAUCAAUAAAUAUAUUCAUCGUUCAACAGACACAACAAUGUGUAAUUUUAUGAUUGAUUUUAUAAGAAAACUAAAAAUAGGAUUGCAUAAACGUGAAAUGAUGAAUACUGUACUUGAACAUUUACGAGUACUUCAAACAGUAGUAUCGAAAGAUACCAAUGAAUUACUUUUGUGUAUUGCAUAUAUUUUUGAGCUAAGUGAGUCAUCCAAUGGUACACAAUCGAUUGCUUAUCGCCUAUGCGAAUGA